AUGCCGAGAGAGAUAAUCACUCUUCAGGUAGGACAAUGCGGGAACCAGAUCGGCAUGGAAUUCUGGAAGCAGCUUUGUCUUGAACAUGGCAUCAGCAAAGACGGCAUCCUCGAAGACUUCGCAACUCAGGGUGGAGAUAGGAAAGAUGUGUUCUUUUAUCAAGCUGAUGAUCAGCAUUAUAUACCGCGGGCUUUAUUGAUUGAUUUGGAGCCGAGAGUUAUUAAUGGGAUUCAGAAUAGUGAUUAUCGGAAUCUUUACAAUCAUGAGAACAUCUUUGUCUCUGAUCAUGGAGGUGGUGCAGGAAACAAUUGGGCUAGUGGAUAUCAUCAGGGAAAGAAUGUUGAAGAAGACAUAAUGGACAUGAUUGAUAGGGAAGCAGAUGGUAGUGACAGUCUUGAGGGUUUUGUUCUAUGUCAUUCAAUUGCUGGAGGAACAGGCUCAGGUAUGGGUUCAUACCUGUUGGAGACUCUGAAUGACCGAUAUAGCAAAAAAUUGGUUCAGACAUACAGUGUAUUUCCUAACCAAAUGGAAACAAGUGAUGUGGUGGUCCAACCAUACAAUUCGCUUUUGACACUCAAGCGGCUGACUCUUAAUGCUGAUUGUGUUGUGGUUCUCGAUAAUACUGCCCUAAACAGAAUUGCUGUGGAACGACUUCAUUUAUCUAAUCCGACAUUUGCUCAAACUAAUUCCCUAGUUUCUACUGUGAUGUCUGCCAGCACAACCACUCUUCGGUAUCCAGGAUACAUGAAUAAUGACUUGGUUGGUCUUCUUGCCUCGUUGAUUCCAACCCCAAGAUGCCAUUUUCUAAUGACAGGAUAUACACCUUUGACAGUGGAACGUCAGGCUAAUGUAAUUCGUAAGACCACUGUGCUUGAUGUCAUGAGAAGACUUCUUCAGGCAAAGAAUAUUAUGGUCUCUUCUUAUGCAAGGACCAAAGAUGCCAGCCAAGCAAAAUAUAUAUCAAUUCUGAAUAUCAUCCAAGGAGAGGUUGACCCAACUCAGGUUCAUGAAAGUUUGCAGAGGAUACGUGAAAGAAAGCUAGUUAACUUUAUCGAGUGGGGUCCUGCAAGUAUCCAGGUUGCUCUAUCCAGGAAGUCUCCAUAUGUUCAAACUGCACAUAGGGUCAGUGGCCUCAUGCUGGCUAGCCAUACUAGCAUUCGCCACCUUUUCAGUAAAUGUCUGAGCCAGUACGAUAAGUUGAGAAGGAAACAAGCCUUUUUAGACAACUAUCGGAAGUUCCCGAUGUUUGCCGAUAAUGACCUCUCUGAGUUUGAUGAAUCAAGGGACAUAAUUGAGAGUUUGGUUGAUGAAUAUAAAGCCUGUGAAUCCCCAGAUUAUAUCAAAUGGGGAAUGGAGGAUCCGAAUAAUACGAUGACAGGUGAAGGCAGUGCUGCAGGAUCUCUGGAUCCAAAAUCAGUAGUGUAA